AUGCCCGAUUCCGCGGGAGUGUCUGGCGUGCCUCCAUGUCGUCGAUGCGUCGAGCAACAAUUGGAAUGCGUUCUGACAAAGUCGAGACGUGGAGGGCGUAGAAUCAAAGGAGUUCGUAAUUCGAUCGCCCAGUCGGCCAGCCAUGGCAAUGAAGGCCACGACCCGGCUACCGCUACGCGCGACGACGACGGCAGCGACUACCAUAGCCGACAAACAAGCCAUUCUCUUCCCGACCAGCAUCCAGGAGGCACGGAUGAUAUGCAAGGAUGGCUUUCUUCACAACAAACCGGCAACUGGCAGGCGGAUAGCCAUGAUGAGGGGGGUUCCACCCGUGAGCUGGCUGAAUCGAGGACGAGUUCGGAUGGUUUGGAAGGACAUAUUGCUACUACCGAUCUUUUGAACCCCUCGGACGCGCUCGACCUUCUCGCUCAAGUUGCCGACUUGGAUCCUAGUAGACAACGAGAUGAAGCUACAGGCCAAGCUGACUCAAAUAAUAGACUUGUGCACGGUAUGCGGCAAACCGUCGGUAGACCAGCUACGAGUUAUUAUCCUCCGCUGGAUGAUGGGGUCUUGACGCCCUCGGAAGCGUCUUACCUUGUCAAAAGAUAUCACGAGAAGUUCCAUCCUUUCUUUCCAGUGGCUCAUGGUGCCAUAUUUGAAGAGGGUACGAUAUCCGAAUGGGCCGCCAAGGAGCCCCAUCUCUUGACGGCUAUUCUUACCGUCGCCUCAAAAGAUGACCCGUCAUGGUUCAGAGUGUACGAUGCGUGCUCUCGUCACAUUGAAACGUUCAUGUCAAACCUGAUCUAUGCCGGAUCCACAUCUGUUGGCUCCGUGGAGGCGCUUCUUAUUCUUGCAGAAUGGGCGCCACAACGCCCUCAAGAGAAUUCCGCCAUCGGUUGUGGUCAAGAAGACCAUGGUGCCUGGAUGCUUGUGGGCUUGGCCAUUAGGCUAGGGUAUUUGCAGAGGCUUGAGCAAACGGCACUAUUACCAGACGAGGGAAAGCUUUCCGCAGAGAUGAGUCGGAAACGAGUUGUUUGGGCAGCGUGCUACAUGUGUGACCGACAAGUGUCAAUCCGGCUUGGGAAAGGAUUUUGGUCCCGCGGGCCUGGUCCAGCUCUUCACCUGCGCGCUGCAGACUUUCCAACAUUGCAUGAGCAAGCCCUUGGCCCAGACAACAUGGGGCUGUUAUUUCAAGCCCAUCUUGAGCUUACCCAGCUAAUUAGUAACGCUCACGACAUUUUGUAUUCGUCAACAAGCCACAGGCAGCAAUUGUAUAUUGGAGGAGAGUAUGUCAGAUACAUUGAUGACUUUGCUUCAAUGGUUCGGAAGUGGAAGCUCUCAUGGGCGAACCACAGCUUCACGCCUCCUGUGAAAGCCUCUUUGGUGUUGUCAUUCGAGUUCUUGCGACUCUACAUCAAUGCCUUCGCUUUUCAGGCCAACCUGAAUAGGGCUGCAGCUCGAAAUGCCCAAGUAGGGUCCGGCAAGGCCAGUGGGCCGCUGUUUUCUAAUGUUGCCGGAAAGCCGGAUGCCCGAUUCAUAUACGAGUCAAUCGACGCCGCAAAUUCACUACUCAGCAUACUGAACAGCUUCAUCGAUCCUGUGGCUGGUCUCAAAUGCAUGCCAUUAAAAUACUGUCUCUAUGUAAUCUAUGCUGCCGUCUUUUUGUUCAAGGCAAGGCUAGCGGGUGCCAUCAGUAGCGAUGGCGGCGAUCGUGGAGUCCGGCGCGCCAUUCAGGGCACCAUUGCACAACUACAAAAAACAUCAGAUAAUCCGCAUAGCCUCGGACGGCGAUACGCCACCUCACUUCGCCUGCUCUGGAGGAAGUCUUGUACGAAGCAGCCAAGCAAAUCUGUUUCUCGUCAUGAUCCCUUGACUGAGCCUCCAACACCGACAAUGGACGAGGUUAACAGACAUGAUGGCAUUUCCUUACCACCCGCUGGUAAGGCGACGAUGGAAAUGGACCCGUUGAGCGGGUUCUCGUGGAGAGAUUUGGAUUCAUUGGGACAAUUUAUUGCCAGCAAUUCGACGAUGAGCAUGGCGGAUGGAAUGCUUGCUGGUGCCGAUUUCGAUUGGGAACACAGCUCGGGUGGUCUGGAUGAUCUUGUAGUGCAGCCACAGUUUGACACUAGAUGGGCCGGGCAUGAUAUAAUUUUCUAA